GAGUUGACCCUGUGAAAAAUCACAUCAUUAACAGAAUGAUUUUAUUCACGACUCAUGAUUAAGAUAAUGAUGAUGGGAAUAUCGAGGAUAUAAUGUCUCUGAGCAACCACCCCAAGGCAUAUGGAUCUGCAGCAGUUGCAGUUGCAUUUGUGGCAGGAGUUCUGUUGACAUUGGGUUUCAAGGAUUUAUAUCCUGAUUUGGAACGAAGAUAUCAAAGACGGCGAAAGGGAACUGGAACUGGGCCUGGAAUCAUUGCAUCUGAUUCAUCUUCAUCUGAUCUAAGACUUGUUGGCUCUAACCUACCUCCGCUAAAGCUAGAAGACCGCACUCGGAAAUCAGUUGUCGGGUUACCGAAACCUCUGAUUCCAGAAGGAAUAGAAGGAUGUAUUGGAAAUACACCAUUAUUCAAGAUCAAGAGUCUUUCUGAUGCAACAGGAUGCACUAUUCUUGCGAAAGCGGAGUUCUUGAACGGGGGAGGAGGAAGUCCCAAAGAUAGAGUAGCAUUGAAUAUGAUUAUGAUGGCAGAAGAGGAAGGAUUCCUGAAACCUGGUCGAGGUGACACUAUUUAUGAAGGCACAGUUGGGUCAACUGGUAUUUCACUUGCAACUUUAGCACGUGCCAGAGGUUACAAAGCAUACAUAUGUAUGCCUAAUGACCAGAGCACAGAGAAGUCAGAUCUUCUGCAUCAUUUGGGAGCUACCGUUGAAAGGGUCACCCCAGCACCUAUCACUUCUACUGAGCAUUUCGUCAACCUGGCAAGACGUAGAGCGAAGGAACAUACAGCCUCUAAAACAGAUUCUAGUAGAGGGUUCUUUGCUGAUCAAUUCGAGUCUCGUGCAAAUUACAGGGCACAUUUUCAAUCUACAGGACCCGAGAUUUAUGCCCAGACAGGAGGUGAUAUUGAUGCAUUUGUGGCCGGUGCAGGGACAGGAGGAACCAUCUCAGGCGUAGCACUUUACUUAAAACAAGAGCAACUUAUGGGACAAGAUCUCAAAGUCGUACUUGCAGAUCCAGAGGGAAGUGGCCUUUACAACAAAGUCAAACAUGGCGUCAUGUUCUCUUCAACCGAGAAAGAAGGCACAAGACGCCGGCAGCAGGUUGAUACUAUCGUCGAAGGAAUUGGAAUCAAUCGGCUAACGGAGAACUUCGAAGCGGGGCGAGAAAUCAUCGAUGAUGCCGUAAAGGUGACAGACUUGCAAGCACUCAAAAUGGCGAGGUGGCUAGUAGAGAAGGAUGGCAUUUUUGUUGGGAGUAGCAGUGCUGUCAACUGUGUGGCAGCUGUAGCAACAGCGCUAACAUUGGAGAAGGGGAGUACGGUGGUUACUAUUCUUUGUGAUAGCGGAACGAGGCAUUUGAGUAAAUUUUGGAAAAAAGUGGGAGAACUGGGCUUGGAGGAGGAUCAUGAUACCCAAGAUUUGCUAGCUCACUUACGUCUCCAACCAACUGGGGAAUAAACAUGUUGAUGGGUUCAUCGCGCCUCCACUCUUUGCACGAAAACGUAUGGCAGCUGGCUUUCACGACCUAAAAGGUCAUUCGUACAUAUUCAACUUAAGUCACGCAACCAGCCUACUUCCAAUUCUAUAAUACAACUUUAGAGCAUAUGAUAGUCCUUUGUUACUCGACUUCGUUCCAAGAAAUUUACUCGGCCUUUGCUUCUCGCGCCUAUGCAAUAAGGAACGAACGGACUUAAGCCUGAGAGUGGUCACGUUUCAUGAGAUUACCAAAAUAUUUGGCUUUCACUAUAUUGUUUGUGCGAAUCAGUUCGUAUCGAUUAAUAUUUUUGGGGGUUAAGUUGGAUUCUCCAUAGAUAAAAUAACAAUAUACACAAAUCCGCUUGUGAGGGGGGGAUAUGUCCUUGUUGAUAUACCAAUGCUUGCCAACUGUUUGUCUUACAAGCGGCAGGUUUACAUUUAUCCGCUACUAAUCUCAAAAUUACCGUUAGAUCCAGUCAUUUGGCUGUAAUUUGCUUCUCAAUCAAUGAACUGCAAGAGAGAGAUAAUAUGGAAAUCUAAUUGAAGGAGAACUUUUCCUA